AUGGCCCCUGUCUCCGCCGUUGGCAUCAAGCGCUCCGCCCCGUGCGACUACGACGAGCAGCCUGGCGUUCAGUGCAAGGGGGUGUCGUCGCACCAAGCACACCAGAGUACUUUCAAGGGCAAGCAAGUAGCCGACCCUGAAGACCACGGUGGUGAUGAAGCUAACGAGCGGAAGCGGCGCCGGCGUCUUGCCAUCGACAUCAAUGAGGUGCCCCACAACAAAGAUGAGGACCUCAACAACCCUCUUCAUGUCGGGGCCCCGGCUGCAGGUGGUAGGUGCUCCCAGCUGCCACCCUGGCUGCUCUCACUCGUGAAAAAGAAGCAAGCGCAUGACAACGAGAUACUAGAGCUUGCAGACCAGCGCUUGCACUCGGCCACGAAGGACCUAGUGGAGGAAAUGGAGUCGAAGAAGACGCAGAUGGAGAAUGAGAAGAUGCGGCUGGAGAACUAUCGACUCCUAUUGCAGGUCAAGCUCAAUGAGUUGGAGCUCAAGAUUUCCAGGUCGACAAGGAUCUAG